AUGGCGUCAAGAAGAAGCAUCAUCGUGACCGGAGGCGCAUCAGGCAUCGGCCUCGGCAUCACUCGCUACUUCGCCCCCCAACCAAACACCCAUAUUACGAUCCUCGACAUAAACAACGGCACCGCGAUCCUCGAGCAGCUACGCACCGAAUACCCAUCCGCAAGCCUCACCUUCGAGCAAUGCGACGUCUCCGCCUGGGAAAGCCAAGCAGCUGCCUUCGACAAGGCAUAUGCCGAGCAAGGCCACAUCGACAUCGUCUUCGCCAACGCCGGCAUCACGCAGAAGGGCGACCUGCUCGCCAACAUCCACGACGCCAAACCCUCGAAACCGGAGCUGAGGACGUUGGAUGUUAACCUCAUCGGCGUGAUAUACACGGUCAAACUAGCCGCCCACUACAUGGCGAAAAACGCCGCAAGAGGAUCAGAGUCCUCGCCGAACCUCUCCAAGGGGAGUAUCAUCUGCACCGCCUCGAACGCAGGAAUCUACGCGUUCCCGAUUGCGCCGCUCUACGCAGCCACUAAGAGCGGCGUGAUCGGACUGGUGCGCUCGCUUGCGCGAUCCCUGGAGCAGGAACAGAUCCAGAUUAAUGCGCUGGCGCCGGCUGUUAUCGAGACGAAUAUUGCGCCUGAUUCUGCGCUGUUCAGGUCGAUGAUCCUUACGCCCAUGUCGACUGCUACGAGGGCGGUUGCACAGCUUCUUGGUGACUCUUCGUUGACGGGGAGAGUGGCGGAGUUGCACGGGGAGUAUGUGACAUUUGCGGAGCCGCCGAGGUAUGUGGAUGAAGAUACGGGGACGAAUAUUGAGAUGUUUUGGAAGCUGGGGUAUGCGUAG